AUGUCACGAGAAGAUUUGACAUCACGGGUUCUCCCCCAGAUGACCCUGGCCUCACCAAGCCAAACGCCAACCCCGGGAACCGACGCCGAGCUCACGGCUGCCGACACGGCCGCCACGCGCUUCUCGAGCCCCCGCACCGCCAUCAUCACCGGCGGCACCGGCGCCCUCGCCACCGCCAUCGCCCACGCCCUCCUCCAGCACGGCUGCGCCGCCCUCUGUCUCUGGGACAUCAACACGACCUCGGCAGCCUCGACCGCCGCCCUGCAGUCGCUGCGCCAAGCCUACCCGCACGCCGCCAUCAUCCUGGCCGAAGUAGACGUGACGUCCGAAGACGCCGUCGGCGCCGCGACGGCCGCCUUCUGCGCGGCGCAGCCCCCGGACGGCGGCAUCGACGCCCUCGUCUGCACGGCCGGCGUCGUCGCGUGCGCGCCGUCCCUCGACGCGCCGCCCGCCGCCUUCCGCCGCACCCUCGACGUCAACGCCACGGGCACGUUCCUCUGCGCGCAGGCCGUCGCGCGGACCAUGGUCGCGCGCGGGCGCGGCGGGCGCCUCGUCUUCACGGCCAGCAUCAGCGGGUCGCGCGUCAACUUCCCGCAGCCGCAGGCCGCGUACAACGCGUCCAAGGCGGCGGUCGUCAUGCUCGGCCGGAGCCUCGCGGCCGAGUGGGCGCGGUACGGCAUCCGCGUCAACGUCGUCAGCCCGGGCUACCUGGACACGGUGCUCAAUGCGGGCGCCGGGCUCGCGGAGGCGAGGGCCGUCUGGACGGGGCGGAACCCGCUUGGGCGCAUGGGCAGGGUGGAGGAGGUGGCGGCUGUUGUGCUGAUGCUCGUUGGCCGGGCGGGGAGCUAUGUUAAUGGGGCUGAGAUUGUGGUCGAUGGUGGGGGGACUGUUUUUUGA